AUGAAGGGGAAGAGUGGCAAACUUGGAGGUGAUGAAUCCGAAGAUAGGAUCGACGUUGAUAAACCACUUUGGAACCAGGACACGUAUCUCGGAAGAUGGAUGCAUUACGCCUUCAUCACCGACUGCCGCACGAUACUCGUGCCGGAGGACAAAUUGUGGGAAGCAAAAAAGCUCUGCGAGGACUACAAAGCCGGGAAGGAGCCGGAGGGCUUGCAAAGAAAGGACAUAAUCUACGCGAAGAAGCUCAAGGAUAGCGCCUUCCAUCCCGACAACGGCGAGCUCAUGCACGUGAUAGGGAGAAUGUCCUUCCAGUUGCCUGGUUCCGUCGCCCUCACCGCUGCCAUGUUGACCUUCUACAAAUCCGCCUUCGGCGUGAUAGCCUGCCAGCUGGUUAAUCAAGGCCUCAACGCAUUUGUCAAUUACACUAAUCGAAACGCGAUGAGCGACGAGCCGCAGGACACCGACGUUAUCCGGCAGGCGUUCGUGCUCGCCACCGCGGCGAGUUGCGCGGCCGCUUUGGGAUUCAGGAAGCUGUUCUCCACCAGAGGCACUCUCUUUGCAAGAUUCGCUCCGUUUUGCGCGGUGGCUGCCGGCAACAUGGUAAAUCUCCCCAUCAUGCGGCAACGGGAGAUCGAACGGGGUAUACCCAUAUUCGUCAAGAACGGUGACGAGGUGUGCAUCAUGAAGUCGCAGGUGGCCGCCGUCAAGGGUAUCUCCGAGUGCAUCUUCACAAGGAUAAUAAUGGCCGCGCCCGGAAUGCUGAUGAUCCCGAUCAUCACGCAACGCAUGCGAUCGUAUUGCUUCUACCAAGUUCGUCCGUGGGUCACAUUUCCCGUCGAAAUUGGCUUAUGCACGCUCUGCUUGCUGGUCAUGAUCCCUUCGGCGCUCGCCAUUUUUCCGCAGAGAAACUCGAUGACACCGGAAAUGUUAAAAAUAUGUCCGGAGGAGUACGAAAUAUUUCGAGAGAAAAUGGGUCAGCGCAAACAUCCGGAUAAAGUUUAUUAUAACAAGGGAUUGUAGUCAGUAUAAAUAAAAAUAAAUUUAUAUUCUGUUUCGUAUUGUACAAAUAUAAAACGUAUUA